UCGAUAGUAGUAAAAGACGAAAGGGUCCCUUCAUAAGGACAUUACUUUUAUUUCAUUACAAAGUGAAUGUCAUCAAACCCGAGGGCAGAUCAAUCCGCAAUCCAAAUUGCAACCAUAGUUGACUACCCCACCAACUCAUUCAUUCUCUCCAAUAUAGUUCCAGAGUAGAGCUUGAGAAAAAUGAGGAUGAAGAAUCUAUACAAGAAACCAAUUACUAAUUUACGUUGCAGUAGUUGGAGUAGAUAUUGUUCUAUAUCACUUGUAAUAUUAUGGACCUUGUUAAUCUUAGGAUGGAUACUUUUGCUUCAUCUAUAUUCCAAUAAUAACACCUCCUUGAAUAUCAUUCAUCCUCCUCCUCUUCCUUCUCAUUUCCAUCAACUCCAACAAGUUGAAAAGGAGAACUUCCAAAUCCCCCCACCAAACAAAAAGAGGUCACCUCAAAGCAAAUCAAUAACACCAUUGGUUGAUGAAUUCUUGGAUCAAGAUUCAUCACUUAGACAUGUUUUCUUUCCUCAUAAAACAAUUGAUCCAAUGAAGACUAUAGGGAAAGGAAAGAAUGAUAGUUAUAAUUGCUACUACCCUGGGAAAAUUUGGUUGGAUACUGAUGGAAAUCCUAUUCAAGCUCAUGGAGGGUGCAUUCUAUAUGAUGAAAAUUCAAGUACUUAUUAUUGGUAUGGUGAAUAUAAAGAUGGCCCUACUUACCUUCAUAAUAACAAAGGACCUGCUCGGGUGGACAUUAUAGGAGUUGGUUGCUAUUCUUCUAAGGAUCUAUGGACUUGGAAAAAAGAGGGCAUUGCAUUAGCAGCAGAGAAAACAGAUAAAACACAUGAUCUACACAAGUCCAAUGUGCUUGAGAGACCAAAAGUUAUUUACAAUGAAAAAACAAGAAAGUAUGUGAUGUGGAUGCAUAUCGACAACGCCAAUUAUGCAAAAGCUUCCGUCGGCAUAGCAUUCAGUGAUACUCCUACCGGUCCAUUCAAAUACCUCGGGAGCCAAAGACCUCAUGGAUAUCAAAGCAGGGACAUGACACUUUUCAAAGAUGAAGACAAUGUUGCAUAUCUAAUAUACUCAUCUGAAGAAAACAAUGUAAUGCACAUUGGACCCUUGACUGAAGAUUAUCUCAAUGUGACAUCUGUUAUGAAAAGAAUUUUCGUCGGUCAGCGAAGAGAAGCGCCGGCUAUGUUCAAACACAAGGGAACAUAUUACAUGAUUACAUCAGGUUGCACUGGAUGGGCACCAAAUGAAGCACUUGUUCAUUCUGUUGGAACAAAAUGUGUUUUACAAUAAACUCUAAUGAGUUUUGAUGAUAACAAGGUAUUAAAAAUUGUCAAUUGGUUAUCGCUAAUAUUUGUUCAAGUGUACAGGACCAU